AUGCUUUUGGAAAAUACUUCAAAUUCCAGUAAAAAAGAAAGUAUCAAACAUGAGCUUGAAGAGCAUCAACGAGAAGCAGAGGAGGCUUAUGAUGCUAAACGUAAUGAUAAAUCUUCCUCACUGACAUCCGAAUCUUUCCAUGUACUGACUUUUGACCUACAGCAAUGUUUACCGACUCCGGCUAUUGAAACAUCUAUAGCAUUUUACAAACGACAACUGUGGACCUAUAACCUGACACUUCACAGAUGUCAUGACAAGCAAGCUUUUUGCUUUAUGUGGCAUGAAGCCGUCGCUGCAAGGGGUGCAAAUCAAAUAGCAUCCUGUCUCUACAAGUAUUUACAAGAAAUACCAGAGAAUGUGAGAGAAAUCACAUUCUACUCAGAUACAUGCGCUGGACAAAACAAGAACUCGUUUCUUUGUGUUAUGUUCAUGCUCGCUUUAAAAAAGAAUACAACCAUACAUACAAUCAAUCAUAAAUUCUUGAUUCCAGGUCACACUCAUAUGGAGUGUGAUGGGGAUCACUCAAUAAUUGAAAAAAAAAAGGAAAAGCAUCCACCUCCGAUUGAUUUUCCAAGUGACUGGGUAAAUCUUGUUAGAUUAUGUGGUUCAAAGCAUCCCUUUCAAGUAACUGAAAUGAAAAGUGCAGACUUUUUUGAAUUUUCGGCUUUAUUCGAAGGUCCACUAAUACAAAAAAAGUGCAAAGGCACAACAUGGCCUAAAGGUUUCAAACUUCCACUGUCUUAUAAGGGCCAUAAUCCCAUAUCAGUUGAGAAAAAUAAAUAUUUGAUAGAGCUUCUUCCAUACGUGGACGAAAGUUUCCAUGACUUGAAGUUGAUAGCCAAAGAAGAUUUACGAGAUAAGCACUCUGGCAUGGAAGAAGCUUCGACUUCACAAGAAGGCCUGGAAGAAGCUUCAACUUCACAAGAAGGCCAGGAAGAAGCUUCAACUUCACAAGAAGGCCUAGAAGAAGCUUCAACUUCACAAGAAGGCCUGGAUGAUAGCAUAGCUGAACUUUUACCACUACCAGUAGCACCAGCUGAUGAUGUACCACGAAAGAAAAGAAAAAAGGGUAAAGUAGGGUUUUUGAACACAUCUCCAUAUAUUCUGGAACUCAAGCAGAAGGUGGAAGAGAAGAAACUGCAAGAGAGGCAGAAGCUGGCACGUAAAGCCAAAAGAGAUAUUGCCAAACAGGUUAGGAUCGAAGAGGAAGAGGAAGAGGAUGAAGCUUUCCCAGCUGAUGGUGAUGAGAGUGAUUCUGCCUGCAUUUAUUGCAAUGAAUUGUACUCCAGAGAUCGCGCUGGAGAGCCCUGGAUACAGUGCCAAAUAUGCUCUUAUUGGUCUCAUACUGACUGUGCUGGUGUUGAUAGACGCACUAAUAAUUUCAUUUGUGAAAUAUGUUCUUGA